GUGACGCAUGUGUGUGUACUGGCGUGGCUGGGUGCUCCCUCUAGCGUGUAUAUGGUGUGAGGUGUUCAGUACACCGUGAGGCCCCGCGGGUGGUGGUAACGUCCCUCUCUCAAACACCUGUCGCACUACCCCUGCACCACCACACCUCCCUCUAGUCGGGGAAUAGGUAAUAGUGUCAGAAGGAGUCAUUGAUGGAGAGAUGAUAACGGAAUCCUCAUGUUUUCUCCCGGAGGAAAUAUUUGUGUUGAAUCAGUCCUUACUUUGAGAGGUAACCAUCAGUCAUGAAUUUUUUAAAUGAAACAGGUUGACAAAAAUGGGAGACAAUGAGAGGGAGCGUGAGCAGGUGACUGUAGUAGUGCUGGGCGAUCUGGGUCGUUCCCCACGCAUGAAUUACCAUGCUCUUUCACUCUCGGAAGAAGGCUUUGAGGUCAACCUUGUGGGAUUUGCAGGCUCCAAGCCUCAAAUAGAAGUCCUUAAAGAUGAACAUAUCACCCUUACAUACAUGAGACCAUCCCCUGAUGUAUUUAACAAGCUUCCUAAAUUACUAGCUUUUGUUGCCAAAGUUAUCUGGCAAACAAUAAUUCUGUUUUUCACAUUACUCACUGGGCCAAGAAGCAAAAUCCUCCUCUUGCAAAACCCACCAGGAGUCCCAGCUAUGCCUGUGUGUUGGCUGUACUGUUUACUCUCUAGAACCAAGUUUCUUGUGGACUGGCAUAACUACGGUUAUACUAUCCUUGCUCUUUCAUUAAGAAAGAAUCACCCUCUCGUGUUUAUCUAUCGAGUUGUAGAAAGAUUAUUUGGUAAGCUAGCACAUGGUGGAUUGUGCGUUACAAAAGCUAUGAAGAUUGAUUUAGAGCAAAACUGGGGAAUUGGGAAAUUAUCAGUGUUGUAUGAUCGUCCAGCUGAAAGGUUCCAUCCAAUAUCAAUCGAGGAGAAACAUAACUUCCUCAUGAAGCUGUCUUCAACAUACUCUUGUUUUUCUGGUUCUUCACCAGACAAGACAGUCUUUACAGAGAGAUACGCAGAUGGGAGAGUAUCAGAAUGUGAAGAUCGACCAGCGCUUAUUGUGUCUUCUACAAGUUGGACUGAAGAUGAAGAUUUUUCUAUUCUUUUCUAUGCUCUGCAAGAUUAUGAGCGUGUACGGCAGGAGUUUCCCAGUCACUACCCUCCUCUUAUAGUUGCAGUUACGGGCAAAGGUCCCCUAAAGUCUUACUACACGUCAAUGAUGUCGGAGCAGCAAUGGAUGCACGUUGCAGUUAUUACCCCUUGGAUGUCUGCUGAAGAUUAUCCUACAUUGCUUGCCUCUGCUGAUUUUGGAGUAUGUUUACACUAUUCCUCAUCAGGACUGGACUUACCCAUGAAAGUGGUGGACAUGUUUGGAAGUGGUAUCCCAGUAGCAGCUAUAGAUUACCCUGCCCUUCCUGAAUUAGUACACCACAAUGAAAAUGGACUUAUCUUCAAAAGUAAGAAGGAACUCGCCAAUCUCUUGCAGGACUGGUUUCGUGGAUUUCCUCGUGAAACUGCAAUAAAAGAAACUUACUAUGAUUUUUACAAGAGUAUUGAUGAAUUUCGAAAACUAAAGUGGCAUCCAUGCUGGAUGUGUAAUGCUCUCCCACUUUUCAAGAACAAGAAGCAAGAGUGAAAUAUUUGUAUUAUUGAUAAACUAUUUUGUUGUAAAGUAGAAAUCAAUGAAUAAUUCUGCAUUUCUAGAAUAAUGCUGCAAAAAGAACUGCAGUUUUAUUUGGUUUCAGUACAAGACAAUAUGGGCAUUGAUGAUCAUUGUCUGAUGUAAUGUAAUUAUAAUUUUUUUUAUGAAAUAUUAGUAUGCAGUUGAAUGUUAAGUUUUGAUAUAUUACAAAUGAUUUAUGAAUUUA